AUGUCGCUGCCGCCGCUUUACACCAGUGCACGGAUCUUCGAGGACUCAGUGGACCUUCUAGGCUCCUCGCUUGAAUCCCUAGAACAAGCUACUAAAGACAUUCCCAGACUCAAACAGGUGCUUGACACGCAGAAAGUGUUUGGACUAGUGCCAGAAAGCGACCUCCAAAACGCCCAGGCGAGACUUAAGAACGAAACACAUCCUCAGAUCACGUACCUUCUUGAAAAGCUCCAGAAGGAAGUGGCUCGUUUGCAGCGGAAGAAGAUGUCGCUCGAGAGUGACUUCAAUCUACGGAAAGUCCGCUUGGAUGCUGUGGGCAAAGGCGUGGAUACUGAAAAGGGCGCUAAGUUUGAGAGGCUAAGGAUGCUUCGGACGAAGAGAGACAGACUCAAGUAUAGUUUGUCACGUCAACGGCUCCACAACUACCGCCAGAUUCCCCUGCUUCCGCCUCCAGAUAAGACAUAG